AUGAGUGGCUUGGUGCGGAGACGAGAUGAAGGCGAGGAGGAUCGCGAGGCUAUUGCUCCCCGAAAGAAGAGAGGCCGACACGCCGCGUGCGAUGGGAGCCGUCCUUGCUUCAACUGCAACCGUCGGGGAGUGGGAGCAAGCUGCGCUUAUACCAAUCUGAGCUCUUCACACACCCCGAGACUCUCUUCCGGUGCCGGCCAUGACCAGAAAGUCGAGCCGCCCCCACCACCUCCGCCUAUCAGGGGCCCUGCAUCAUCGCCGGCCAAUGCAGUGAUAACCCCCAUCUCACUCAGCAUCGAGGCAGAUGCAGCAGAAGGUGGUGGCCGCGCCCAAUCGAUGAGCGACAAGGGUGUCACCCCCAAGACGAGCCGGCAGAACUCCGGCGAUGGUCAGACCGUGUCCGACCCGCCUGAGUACGCCGUGGGAGAUCUCUUCAAGAGUCGCGAUGCCCCGUCCUUCUUCGGGUCGUCUUACUUUGGGCCGCAGGCCGCGGCCAAAAUCAUCCAAGCACCACCUCCCGAGUUGUCGAUGGGUAUAUGCCCCAAAGCCCAAGCCAGCUUUGCCCACUCGUUUAGAGAUGAAGGCGGCCCAUUCUCUCAGAUUUGGGACCUGCUGGGUAUCUUGCCACGAAAGAAGUCGACAGUCGAUCGGCUUACCGAGACCUUUCUGCGCGAGCUGAACUGGACCAUUGAUGCAGUCAAUGCCGACGACUUUCGGAAAAAGUACGAGAUCUUCUGGGGUCGCAAGUUUGGCUUCGAUGAGCUCGCCACCACUGAUCUACGAUGGCUAGCGUUGCUCUUCAUAGUCCUGGCUAUGGGCGUGCUCCUUGACUGUCCUAAGCCCCGGAAUAAGGAGGUCCAGCGAGAAGUGCUCGAUACGUCGCAGCGCUUCUACUGGGCAGCUCGACGUGCCAUCGUCAUCGCGCCAACCUUCUACGGCGAGUCUACUGAUCUCGUACGCGCUGGUGUUCUCACCACGCGCUACCUCAUCUACACGCGCCGUGUCCCGGAGUCAUGGCUCACGACCAGCUUUGCCAUGCGCAUGGCACAGGCUCAGGGCAUGCACAUCGAUGGAGAGAGGUGGCGACUCCCUCGCAAGGAAACCGAGACCCGAAGGCGUCUCUGGAGUCAUCUUUACAGGCUUGACAAGACCAUUGCUCUCGCACUGGGCCGACCUUUUGCCAUUGUCGACACACAAUGCCUGGUCAAGCAGGCUUCGAAUGUGUGGCUCGACGAUAUGGACGAGGAGGAAGCUGCCAAUGUCCCGGAAGCUCCACUGAGCGAGCCCACGUUAUCGGUCUGCAAUCGGCUCGCGCACGAUCUCGCCAUCAUCGUCGGCAAGAUCCAGGAGCGCUGCUUCGGGCUGUUUACCGUUUCCUACGACACUGUAUUGCAACUUGACCAAGAAAUCGUGCACUGGGAGUCAGUCUUGCCGCCCUACUUCAGGCUCAACAACCCGGAUCUCUCACUAGAUGCCGAACGGCCGUUCCUCGUGUGGAACAGGCUGCACCUCCACAGCAUGUAUCACUUCGCCAGAGUGACGCUGCACCGGCCUUUCCUGCUGCGCCAGUCCAUCACCAACCGUUACAAGCACAGCCAAGACAUCUGCAUUGCCUCUGCAUGUGCAGAUCUCGAGAUGAGACUGAAGUACUUCAGCCAACCGCUGACAGAUCGACUCAAGUGGACUCUUGGGUCUCAUCAUCUGUUCAACAGCGCUCUUGUGCUCGGCAUCAUUGCCGUUCGAGAUCCAACUUCACGGCGUUCACUUGCGAUCCUCGAAGAUCUGGCUGCCUACUGUGAGAUGCAGCGCAAUGACGUCUGGGUGAACGAGUUUGCCCUCGCCGAGAUCAAGAUCGUGGAGCUCUGCCUCAAAAAAGCGAAGCAGCUGCGCACGUCGGGUCCAUCAACGGGAGCUGCAGGGCCCGUCGCGCCACACAAUCAGCAGCAGCCAAUGUCUGGACCGUCAACACCGCACCCCAAUCAAACUUUUGUGCCUGAGCCGGCGGAGCCAAGCAUGGUCUCCGAAGGGCAAGUGUUGGAUCCCCUGUCUGUGAACUUUGGGCUUCAGGGGGGCUACGGGAUGCCAAAUAAUCCGAUGAUGUGGGACGAUGCUGCUUUCUUCUUCCCCGAGUCGUCGGAUAUCUUGCAGUGGGAGCACGUAUUGAACUCGAUCACUCAUGACCACAUCCCUGCCUAG